CAGGUCUUCUCGUAUAUUAUAUUGAUCCGGCUAACUGACAGUUAGCUUUUGUGUCAAGAUGAUGCCCUCGACGUCCCUCUGUUUAUUCGUUUCUGGUUGAACAUACUCGGCAUUUGGCGGCUUUAAUGUUCCGUGCAGCGAACUUAAAACCCAUCGAGAACGCGGGAACUGGCUGGCACUUUCGCCGGACAAUGGACGAGCUGGUCCAUGACCUGGUGUCAGCGCUGGAGGAGAGCUCAGAACAAGCGCGCGGCGGUCUAGGUGAUGGUGGAGAUCACGGCCUGUCGGUGGGCUGCCUGCUGAAGAGACAGGCUCGGAAGCGAAGGGGCCGGAAGCGGCGGUCUGACAACCCGCAUCCGCCGUGGGAGACGGGUCACCUCAGUGAGGGUUCAGAGUCCAGUGUGGAGGAACAUAAGGACUACCGUGCCAGCACUGGUGGUGUAUCUGGUGCCAACAGCCACGCCCGUGACAACAGCGACUCCGAUGAGCAGCUCGGACCCAAAAGACGUCCGCCCCACGUGACCGAUCUGGGUCGAAGCAAGCGUCCGCUCUGGCCUGACGACCUCGCCGUUUUGGGCUCAGCAGAGGGAACGCGCAGCCUCAGGCGACGGCGCAAGGUCAAACGAAUGGCCGUUGACCCACCCGCCGAACCGGAGCCCCCUUCCUCCAUUGUGCUGGGCCCUCCGCCGGUCCCUAAAGCAUACGUUGGUGGCAGGUCGCAACGGCUAGGUGGGGGUCAGGGGAGGGGCUCCAUGGAGCUGUGCGGAGGUGUCCUGAUGGGGUCAGCAGGUGGGAAGAACCAUAUUAAAAAAAGGAAACUGGUGACACACAGACUGGGUCUGGACGCAGCGGAUGAAGGGGUGGUGGUUGAGAGUGAAGACCCAAUUUCAUCUCCGACUGAAGGAUCUAAGGACAAGAUGGAGCUUGAGGAGCAAAAAGGCUCCGAUGAGGACAUGAGUGACAGGUGUGAAACCAGCAGUGUCAGCAACAGCAGUGAUGGUGGCCUUUAUACUAAUGAUGAGGGAAGGCAAGGGGAUGAUGAACAGAGUGACUGGUUCUACGAAGGGGAGCCAGGCUCUGGUUCUGGUCCUGGCGGCGCGUGUGGGAUAGCCGGAGUGGUCCCCUGGUGGGAAAGGGAGACGGCGUCAGAGGAGCUGGAUCUCGCUGACCCCGUCUUUAACAGCAUUCUGACCGGAUCGUUUCCACUCCUGACCCCCAGUUCUCAGAGAGGAUUUCAGGCGAGGUUGAGCCGUCUCCAUGGAAACCAGCAGGGGCCUGAGGCAGGGCUGCAGGGAAGCUCCAGCCACGGGUUCAAUGAAAGACUUGGCAGACAAACGCAAGACUCUCACGAGCCUUGGUUUAGCUCAGCCUCCAGGAGAGACCACGGCCAGUUGCACUGGGACGCGCGGACAGACAGAGGCCAUCGGAGGAGCUGUUCGGUAAAAACGGCGAGCAGGCAGACCAGUGGGCACCUGGGCUCCCUCUGCACGGGAGACGUGAAACGGAGGCGGAAGGCGGCCCCCCUCGGUUCCACUGCCCCCUCAGGUGUCGUCGGAGAGAACGCUCCUCCCAUCCCAGACACAAACAUGGGGAGCCGCAUGUUGCAGAGCAUGGGAUGGAACCCCGGAAUGGGCCUGGGCCCGGAGGGAGGCGGCAUCACGGAGCCCGUCCGAGCCACUCAGAGACCCAAAAGGGCGGGUUUAGGUUUCAACUGAACCCCCGGGUCCUAAUGCCAUUCCACCGCUUGGCUUGAACAGAAAAGGACAAUAAAUCAAGUUCUCACGAGGAGGAUUUGAAGGUUUCCAAGCUCCAUAAGAAGAAAGGCUUGGUGUUCCAAGAGCUUCUGAUAUCAAAGACAAACUUUCCCAUAUUGGGGAAAUUAAAACUAAAAGCCUGCGAUAGACGCAGAGCUUGCUGGUGAAGGAGGCGAGUAUUGGACACUGGGCUUGAAAAACGACUUUUAUUUACCUUUUGCUAGAUCUCCAUGUUGGAGAAAAAGAAUGAAAUUGUCGCCUCAAAACACUUACCUCACUUGUGAGUGUAACCGGUCAGAAAACUGGCACACUGAAGUGGGAGCAGUGCCAUAGAGUGGGCCUGUGAUGAUAGAAACAGUUUGCUAGAAUCAAUUUAGUUCACGAGAAAUGGUUUAUUGCACAACAGUUUUGGAAUCAAAGAUUUGUGAUUUAAAGUUUAAGAGGUGCACUAAUGUGAGUGGGGUUCUCUACUUGUUAAUUAUACUUCACUCUUGAAUUAAUGGACUGGUUUACCAGUUCAAAGAAAAAGAAAAACAAAGCUUAUCUACUGUGUUUGCUUCAUUUGGCGUUGAGCAUGUGCAGCUGCUGCAAGCUUCUGCUGAGGUUCACAAAAACAACUUUGACUUUUUUGCUCUGAUUUUUUUUUUUACCCAGCAUAAGUUAUACUAACCAUGUCAGUGCAGAUGACUCUAUUUUACGCCAUUUUAAAAGUAUUUUAAUGGAAGUUUGGGGGGAAAAAAGCCAAUUUUUAAACACAGUUUUCAUUAUAAGAGCUCUGUUUACUUAUUGAUAACAUUGAUAGCAUCAUCUGAAUAUUUCUGAAUGGCAACAGGAUUUUAACCCCCUUGAAUGUUAUUUCUUUGGAAAAAAUGUUGAACCAAAGAUCACUUUAGAAAGCAGCAAGGACUAUUUUACUGUAAUCUUACUAUAUUUCCCGUUCUAAGAGGCUAUUUACAUACUAAUUGGUUGUAUUUUCCAUUUGGUAGAGCAUCCAUUCAUCACUUAAAAUUAUAUUUUGUACUUUUUUGUUUUUUUUCCGGUGUAAUAAGAAAGUUUGAGAGCUAAAUGAAGGUUAAUGUUUUAGUUUUUUUGUUUUCCUUUUCUCCUGAGUCCAUGCACAAUUUUCCACUUUGAACCAAAAACGUUUUUGUAAACCUCUUUUGAAAUAAAACCGGAAAUGACCCACUGACA